GGGGGCGCGGGGGAGACACCGACUAAACACCCACCGCCGUGUGCAGCUCCAAUCCAGACGACCGUGGGACCGACCCGGACGCGCAUUUAACGGAUUUGUUGCGCUCGCGGAGCCAGUGGUGCAGGCCGACUGGACGGAUGUGGCGGCGCGCUGAUCCCACCGAAGGAUGCUCCAGCUCCGGGGAGGGGUUUUUAACAGGCUCCGUCCGCAAACAACGAGGAAGCGGAGCGAGCGACGUUAAGUAAAGGACACUUGAUCCGGGGACCCGCGACACGGAGGCAACGAGUGAGUGAAAGCUGAGUCAGUCCACAGUGACGAGUGGCGCUGGUGGUGGAGCUCUGAAGACGUCGUCACGGAGCAUCAGUCUGGGACAAACUUCUCCCUGAGUGUUUCCUCUCUUCAUCGGGAGACCCCGUGUUAAGGAGCGAUAACGCACAAUUGCAGCUCGCUGUAGGAAAACAAGUGACUCUUUUUUUUCUUCUUUUUUUGGGGGGUCAACACCUCAGAUGUUGUCAAGAUGAACUGUUAAGAUUCGAGGUUAACCAGAGAGUCAGCUCUCUUCUGCUCUGUUAGAUAAGUAUUUUCUCCUUUGCCAGAAUGAACCAGUGAGAAAUUCUUCAGCUGUUUCAUAAUGCCCAGUGUAUUGUUUUUUCUAAACCUCGAUAUUUAUACCUUUGCGUUGUCACGCUCUGAAUCAAGAAUAGACUCUUGAUAGUGGCAGCCUUUACUCUCACAGAUGAAAAUUCAACUCGAUGAGAGGCUGCGUUUUAACAAAGGACAUGCAAAGAAGAACUGAUAAAACAUAGAUGAGACCAACGACAAGCAUCAUGCUCCAGCAGAACAACAACAACAACUACCCCUGUCUGAAUGUGUCGGGAUCCACCCGGGAGUUGCUCCAGAGGUGCUCCAGAGCCUCUCUGCCCUUCCCCAGCCGACUGGAGCUGGGCCUGGGAGACCUGCCGCUGAUCCGGGGCCUUCGAGCUUGGGCCUUAUGCUCCAAGAACCGCUGCAAGGCUGUCGGCCCUCUGGGAGGAGGACAGGCCCCCACAGCUCCUCCCGCCGGCCACGGGAGUUCAACUUCCUGCCCCAGGCCUGCAAAUGUGUACCUGAGCGGGGAAUGGGGUCGCAUGGGGUAUGGGCUUCCCUUGGGGCUGGAUGGCAGACAGGCUGGGAUUGGAGCUUUAGUAACGGUCGCCACUUUGAAGACCUCAGAAGGCAGCGGGAAGACACAGACUCAAUGCCUCUUCCUCCACACUGAGAAAGGGAGCUGUUUGUACUCGACAGCUAAGCCUGGUGCUGGGGUGAUCAGCAGUGCCGCCUCCAGUGGGGUUGGAGGAUGGCUGAGAGGGAAGACCGGAGUAGGAGGCAGAGACGCUGCAGUAGGGAGGAGGGACAAUGGGCCAAAUCCGCCGGCACAGACCGGAGCAAACCGGGUUAGAGUGCGCUCCGGCCGGAGAUGGAGGAAGUCCGGUAAUGCAGCAGGCCGUGAGAAAACGGGCAUGAGCAAAGAGAGGCAGCAGAGGAGCAGGGAGGGUCCUGCAGGAGAAAGACAGGGAGAGGGAGAUAAAGGAGGCCCGGACCAUAAACAGUUUCCCAGCAUGCAGCAGGAUGGCAGGAGGGCCAGACAGGAUAAAGAGAAAGAGGCAGUGUGCAGAAGUCCCAGAUGCUGUCACAAUGUUUCUCCUAAAGCUUGCACUCAGUGUGUGAGGGGAGCACAGACGAGGGAAAGUCAGGAGGAAGGCGAGGAGGGAGGAGAAUGUCCGAGAAGAGGCGUCCCAAACAGGCUGAACGGUGAUGUGAAAGGAAUGAGGAAGGAGAGGCAAAAGCAUGAGGAGGAGGUAGGCCUCUGUGAGUUAGAGUCGCCUACUUCUGUUUUGGCUGCAUCAAACCCUGACCUAGAAUCUAGCUGCCCACAAUCCCUCUGUGGCUGUGAUGGUGAAGAGAUUAGAGAGGCCGACAGUAACGACGAGCCGAAGACGCAAACCUCCACCAGCAAGGAUGACCGUUCAGAGACAGAGACGGAUACAAACUCUGAGAUUAUGACAAUACAUAUUGGAAACAAUGACUUCAUUCAUGUCCUCUCUGGACAGUUGACUGAUGACUUAGAAUCAAGAGAUUUUAUUGACAGUGAACCAACUGAAACUCCCUUUGAAGAAAUAGUGGCUAACGUAAAUAGAUUUUCUGAUGGUGCAGAAGCAGAUGAAGAAUCAGAGAAAGAGAGGGAGCGAGUGGGAAGCGAAGAGGAAACAGGAAUCUAUCGGACUCCUGCUCGAUUCUCAGUUGUGUCCAACUGCUACGAGGAUGUCCCGGCCUCCGCCCGGCCUGCCUCCAUCAGCUCUGCAGUCUCCCCCGAGUCCUCUAAUCCUGCAGAGGGCAGCAUCUGCUCUGCUGACGGUGAGGCUUGUUGGGUUGAGACAGAACAAGAGAACGACCAAGAAGGGCACACCGACGGGAAUCAUCUAGGGGAGGCAGACCCUGGGAUCGUGGGUGAAGAAGAACUGGAUCUUGGCAGAUUUGAGCCCCCGGACCCAGACCGUGUCGCCGACGAGAGCGACACAGUGAAACCUCAGCUGUUCUUUAAAAAUGAGGAAAGCAACAGCCAGCCGGAGGAGAGAGGGGCUUCAUCUUCACUUCACAGACAAAUAGCUCUUCCCAUCCUUGAGACAGAUGGAAGGUACCUCACAGAAAACGGUUGCGACGGUAGGACAAUUGAGUCUGAGCUGAGAAACGAGUUGGAGUCAGAGGAAGAGAGUAAAGAGGGGACACCAAAUCCCGAGGAAGGCGUUGAAGCCAAGGAGGUUUGGAGGAGGGAGCAGACCUGCGACGAGCCGGACAGUGGCAGUAGUAAAGGUGAUGACGGCAAAGAACAGCACGCAAAGAAUGACACAAAGGUUAGUGCCAUACUGGAGGACAACGAUAAAGAAGUCCAGAAAAACUGUGCAUCGAAAGACAUCAGGAAGCUACAGGAGUCUGCAGAGGGAAGCGGGGGAGGGAGGAAAAAGGAUGAAGACACCUGCAGCGACACAAGCAUCGCCCCCGUGGAAGAAAUUGGAGGGACCAGCUCUAAUGUCUUUAAUGUCGCCUGUGCCGAUCCCUCCACCUCCCUGGCACUCUCCCCAGCUAAUCCUGACCCCUCUCCACUCCCCCUGGGAUCCAUGGCAACUGGCCUGCCCAGUCUGGAGGAGGACGAGGAGGAGGAGGGGCUCAGAGUGGCGGCAGGAGACGGAGGUCAGGAAGGGAAAAGGAGGUACGCGAGAGAGCUGGAGGAGCAGAGGGGUUCCACCGUGGCCACUGUGGGUGGCAGGAAGAAGGGGGAAGAGGAGGAAGAUGAGUUUGGAGUGUUCAUGCAGGCGGACGGACAGCCAGCCUGGGGCGAGGGGGUCACCGUGUCCGUCUCUGCGCCUUGCGGGAGCAGAGGGAACUUCGCCGGGGAGUCGACCCACUGGACGCCAGGCUGGACGGACAGCGCGUUCCACCAAUCGGACGACUCCUGGACGGCCUUUCCCCAGGAUGCGUCGGAUGAAGGUCGAGACCUUGUGGGACAGUGGUGGCCGACCAGCGCUGCGGAGGAGAGGAGAGACAGGCCCUCGGCCAAUCAGAACCUGGCGACCGUCUUUGCCGAAGCCUUCCCCUCGCCGCCUGGCUCGUCUCCGAGUGACCCCCAUGACCUCGACACUGUGCCCACUCUGACCCAGCUGCUCAGGCGCAGAGCCAGCCAGCACCAGGGCAGGCUGUUGGACAGUUACCACGACUUGAACAAAAUGAUUGGUCAGAGGUACAAGAGAGCCAAUGGCGUAUCGCGUGACCUGCUGCUGACGACUUUACACCUGGAGCCGCCGCACACGGAAAGCAGACCCGCCCCCCGGACGGCCAGCCGGCGUCUCUCCCCCGGACUCCCCUCGGCCAAUCAGCACGCCCAGAACGCUGUCGCCAAGCGGCGGCUGUCAUAUGAUCACAACAGAAACGUCAUGGAGUAAAACUCUGUGAUUCCUCAGCCUGCACUUGGAAAAAAACUGCAGGUGUUGAGCCGAGUCGGGGCAGACACACCGACCACAGGUUUCUCAAGACUCUGGACUCCCCCACAUACUAUCUGCUAUUCGAAUAGUGACUGACGUUUUGACCCUCUGGUCGUUCGAGCCUAUACCGAUGAGAAGACAUUACACGUGAGAGAGAAGCGUCGUCGUCUCCUCCUUGGUAUGAUUUCAUGAGACAGGUACCACCUCGUUCACCUCCGCCACCGGCCUCCCAUUUUGAUUUUCCCUAAGACCAGCAGGCUGUCAAAGACCGGGUGGAGCAUGAUGCCCUGUAGUUACAAGGUUCUCCCCACCAUGUUGGAGGAAGAGUCGAGUCCACGCUGAUGUUUUCCUUCCAAGUCUAGUGAUGAAGGCCCCGUGACAUGAAAAAUACAUUUUCCCAGUUUUAAUCAUGUGCUUAUUGUUGAUUAGCGAUUUUUCCAAAUUGAUGUCCGAAAAAAAAUAAUAUCAUAGUGUUUUAACAUCAAAAUCUCUGUCUCCGUCUUUAACCUUGUACCUGGUACAAAUUGAGCCUUAAACUGCCCAAGGUGAAACAAAAAAAGGUUUUGGUUUGACUGAAAAAGUGAAACUAAACUGAAAAAAGCAACCCCCCAUUUAUUUCCAAUAGAAAAGGGAUUAUCAGGGAUUAAAAAGUGGUUCAUUUACAGUUAUUCUGCAGCAAUAGAAAUAAAAGUCUUGAAAGUUCAUGCAGACAUGAACUUUCCAGAGGCUUCACGUGACGAAGGAUUAGCACAGUCUCCAGAGCUGGUUUGGGAUCAACUGAGCAGAAGGUGAACUAAAAGUGCAACACAUUUAUUGGAACUGAUGCAGCGUUGAAUCCGGAGCAACUGGUGACAGAGAGAGUGGUGCGUCUUUGGGAAUCUACAACCGAGUCCAGUUGCUCCUCGGGUUCUGCUUAAGUCGAAAAUUUUGAUUAAAUUUAGUUGAACAAAGAAGAUUCCACGAUUAUUAUUUAUUUAAAUCACUGUGCCUCGACUUCAGAAAUACUGAAAUAUUGAUUUAAAUAAUUGCUGAAAAAACUGCAAUGUUCUAAAACUUUCCACCCGUCAUGUAUGUCUCGGAGUCGGAGCCGCUCCUUCGGCAGUGACUGUUUGAUUGGACGAAAUAAAUGUCAGCGGCCGGAGCCAAACGAAGCACCGACGUACGAAGUACGAGCUCAGACAUGAAACUUCAGAUUCUGUUUUUGUUUUGGUAGAGAGGGAGAGGCGGUGACGCGGUGCUCCUUCUCUGCUUUCUUCCCAUGAACAUGGUGGCUUGACCCUUGGAACUGCUGGUAAUCUUUAUUCAAAUAUACUGUAGUAGCUUCUCUCCCUCCUCCUUCAGUUGUCCUCCCUCCAAGGGAAACCUGCCGCGUCAGACACCGUGGCUGCCCACAUACAGUUCGUCUACAGAGCUCAAUGUCACAAGUCUUGCAAAAUGUUAAAGCUCAUUUUCAUUUUCCCCUUAUUUUCUCUGAAUGAUAGACGUCACAGAUAAAGUAUGUCGUCCCACUGUCGGGCAAAGCGUGUUUUUUUGUUUUCCACAUCUCGCAGUUGUCAAGUGCUGAAGGAGCCCGGGUCCAAAACGUGAUGACUUUUAAAAUUUUUAUGUUUACAUUUUGCAAAGUGAUGCAUGUGCUUUCAUUGUGUAAUUGCUACAGAAAAAAAGAAGAAGAAAAAAAGCCAAUGACAGGAAAUGAACCUAAAUAAUAGUUUUGGUUCCUCAGAGAAACAAGCUUGUCUUCCAGUUAGUGCCAACAGGAUCACAGUGAAAGUGCCAAUGUUUACAAGGUAACAGAAUCGUCAGACACGUUCAGGAGGAAACUCCAGGGCGUCCACUGAAGUGGACUGGAGCAAACAAAAACUCUGGCAUGUAAAGUUUUCCUAUGUUCUGUUUUUAUGUUUUUUUGUCCUAAUGACUGGCUGUUCUAUCACGUGACUGCAACAUUGUUUUGCAAUUGAGUUCACUUCUUGGGCGAAAAACUUGAAUCUAUAGCCGCCAAUCAAAACAAUAUUUUUCAAAGAUAUUGUUCACGUCAAUGAUGCACUGCCCAUUUUUAAUUUGAAGACACAGCGUAUCAUAUCACCUCAAAGUUUAUUUCGCCUUAUGUUGUAGAUGUCACUUGUCAACUCAAUUAUUUGUGAUGAAAUUCAGAAAAAAAUAAUGUGUGUGUCUGUGCGUGUGUGUGUGUGUGUGCGUCUGCCAUUUGUAGAACAUAGACAUUUCCGAAAAAGAAAACGAUGAAUAUUUUCUGAUCUGAUCUCAAAUGAGGAAGAAGGUGAUGUUGCCUGGGUAACUGAUGUAAUAAAAGGAUACUGCGUGA